GACAUUUUCUGGCAAUUUGAAUGCUUUUGUGUCUGUACAGUGGUCAACUCUUCAGUGUGCUACAUUAUUUGCUUUCUUUUCCAACACUUGAUGAGGUUAUCAAUUCCUUCCAUGGAACUUGCCUCAUCAGUUUCCAAACUCCCACGGAUGUACGACGUUCUCAUCAACUUCACCGGAGAAGACAUCCGCAGGAAAUUUGUUUCUCAUCUCGAUUAUGUCCUCUCUUCUGUUGGAUUAACUACUUUCCUUCAGCACGACAAUGCAGUGCAGCCAAAACACAUCCAAGAGCCUAUUCUGAAUCUGUGUCGAGUAGCAAUUGUUGUUUUCACCGAAACAUAUUCUCGAUCUGCUUGCUGUCUUCAUCAGCUCCAACAAAUCAUUGAAUGGCACGAAACUUAUGGCCGACAUGUUUUGCCCGUAUAUUACGAAAUUCAGCCAUCCGAUGUACGUCUUCAGAAGGGUGACUUUGGGAAAGCCUUCAGAGAAACUGCACAUCAAACAUUUUCAGCACAAGAACUGGAACAUGGCAUGUCCAGGUGGAGUCACGCAAUCACCAAAGCUGCAAAUUUCUUUGGAUGGGAUGAUUGCAAUUACAGGAGUGAUGCUGAACUAGUGGACACAAUUGUUAGGAGCGUUCUUAAUUUACCAGUCUUGUCUGCUACACAAUUACUUUCUCUCGCGGAAGAAGUGAUUCAAAUUAUAAAAAAUAAAUCAACGGGACUUUGUAGGAUAGGGAUAUGUGGAAUGGGAGGAUCGGGUAAAACCACCCUUGCCAAAGCCAUUUAUAGUCAAAUUCAUGGUACAUUCGUGGAGAAAAGUUUUGUUAAAGAUAUUUCAGAAGUUAGUCGGAGGAGAGGGCCUGUACAUUUACAACGACAGCUUCUUUCAGAUGUUCUGAAAACAAAGGUAGAGAUACAUAACGUUGAAAUGGGAAGAAGUAUGAUUCUGGAAAGACUUUAUCGGAAAAGGGUGCUCAUUGUACUUGACGAUGUGAAUGAACAUUGUCCAUUAGACCUAUGGGAAAGUAGGGGAUGGUUCGGUGAAGGAUCUGUAAUAAUCAUUACAACAAGAGAUGAAGACCUGCUAAGGAAACAUGAAGUUCGUUCUGUUUUUCGGGUAGAUCUAAUGAAUGAAAACAAGUCCCUUGAACUUCUUAGUUGACACGCAUUUAGAGAAGCAAAACCAAAAGCAGAAUACAUUGACCUUGCAAAAAGAGUAGUUGCUAGAUGUGGAGGACUACCUCUAGCUCUUGAAGUCAUUGGAAGUAGUUUAUUUGAAAGGACGAAAGAAGAAUGGAAGAGUGUAGUGUCAAAAUUUGACAAUAUUCCCCGACAUGAAGUUCUACAAAAAUUGAAAAUAAGCUUCGACAGUUUGCAUAAUCAAAUGGAAAAAGAUUUAUUCCUUGAUGUAUGUUGUUUCUUUGUUGGCAAACUUUUUGUAUAUGGUACAGGGAUUCACUACCAAUGAGUCUUAUGAUGUUUUCGUCUCGGGUGACAAGUUCACACAGGUGAAUGACUUUCAAUGUUUUUCAAAGUACCUGAGGAUAGUAAUUGUGUCAUGAAUUGUGUCAUGAAGUGAAUGUUUGUGUGUGUUGUUUAUUCACUCCCCGUGAACAGGUGGCAAAGAAAUGACUACUUGUGUCUUAAGAAGAAGAUUGGAGGUACAUAAUAUCACAGCUAGGAUUUGGUGACCAUGUGAAGAUUUUCGUCACUUUUGGGCAUGGAUUGAUUGUCAUGAAGAUGACCAUCUAUCUAUUAUAUACUGAACCAACGUACAUGCAAAUGAAUCCUUCUUUGGAACCAAAGGAAAAUGCCCUCCUUAGUCUUGUCUUGGUUUUCUUAAUUGCAAAGGUUUACCGAAAUACUUGGAGCACAA